AAGUGAGGAAAAAGGAUAACGGACGCACCGGAUUCCAGCAACAUCCGCGUCGCCUAGGAAGCUCUCUUUUUUUGGUUGUUGCUGGACAUUACUUUGGAUUAAUUUAACCCCCUCAGCAAUUACUCGCCUCUUGAUCAAAACAGGAUCAGCUCCCCCCCAUCCCAGGCUCGCGCAGAAGGGAAGGAGAAAAGGAAAGACACGAGAGAUUCCUCCGCCUCCGCCGCCGCCGCCCGCGCUCCGCCGCCGUCUCCUCCGCCCGCCGGGGCGCUUCCACCGCGAGCUGACCGCGAGGGGUGUCUCGCGAUCGCCUCGCCGGAGAUCCGUCUCCCGCUCCCCGCCGUCGCCCCUCCGGAGCUCGACGCGCUCGCGUGCAUCUGGGGCUGCUGCGCGAGAGUGAGAGAGAGAGAGAGAGAGAGAGAGAGAGAGAGAGGGACGGGUUCGCCAGCGCCACCGCGGCGCAUGGCGUUGCCGCGGCGGCGCCAUCACUGGUACCACCGGCUCCGGCGGCUCUCUCCGGUGAUCUUCGCCUUCUCCGGCGCUCUCCUCCUCCUCUUCUCCCUCCUCUCCUUCUUCGCCCCUCCUCCCAUCGAGCCGGACCACCGCCGCGCCCGUCCCCAGCAUUCCAAGAUCAGUGAUGGAGUCGACAAUGGGGCCGCCGCUGCGACCGUGUCGUUUCGUGUUCCGAAGAGUGGAGGCAAACUGCAACGCAACAUCUGGAGUUCAAGGAAUGCCGAGUUCUAUUAUAGGUGCAGCAAUGCCAGCACCAAGUUUGCCAGAGCUGCAGCCAUUACCCAGCCCAACCGAUACUUAAUGAUUGCCACUAGUGGAGGCUUGAACCAACAAAGGACCGGGAUUACAGAUUCAGUUGUUGCUGCUCGUAUUCUGAAUGCCACUCUUGUUGUUCCUAAACUAGACCAAAAGUCAUUCUGGAAGGACAGCAGUGACUUCUCGGAUAUAUUUGAUGUUGGUUGGUUCAUCUCAUCUCUUGCAAAUGAUGUGAAAAUAAUAAAGCAGCUUCCUAAGAAGGGAGGAAAACCCUGGGGCUUCCGCUCCAUGCGUGUACCCAGGAAAUGCAGUGAAAGAUGCUAUCACAAUCGUGUACUGCCUGUUCUUUUGAAAAGGCAUGUCGUGCAGCUUAGUAAGUUCGAUUACAGACUCUCAAACAGAUUGGAUACAGGACUGCAGAAACUAAGAUGUAGAGUUAACUAUCAUGCUUUAAAGUUCACCAGUCCUAUAAGCAAGAUGGGUGAUAAGUUGGUGCACCGAAUGAGAAUGAGAAGCAAAAAUUUCAUCGCCCUGCAUUUAAGGUUUGAACCUGAUAUGCUUGCAUUCUCUGGCUGCUAUUAUGGUGGAGGAGAGAAGGAAAUCAAAGAACUUGGUGCAAUUAGAAAAAGGUGGAAGACUUUACAUAUUACUAACCCAGAUAGAGCAAGGAGACAAGGGAAAUGCCCACUCACUCCUGAAGAAAUUGGCCUGAUGCUGAGGGCACUUGGAUAUGGUAGCGAUGUGCACAUCUAUGUGGCAUCUGGUGAAAUAUAUGGAGGGGAAGAGACUCUUGCACCUCUGAAGGCACUCUUCCCCAAUUUCUAUACCAAAGAAACUUUAGCCAGCAAAAAGGAAUUGGACCCAUUUUCUUCAUUUUCCUCUCGUAUGGCCGCACUUGACUUCAUUGUUUGUGAUGAAAGUGAUGUUUUUGUCACCAACAACAAUGGAAAUAUGGCUAAAAUAUUAGCUGGUCGAAGGAGGUAUUUCGGGCAUAAACCUACAAUUCGUCCAAAUGCUAAGAAACUGCAUCGCUUAUUCUCAGCCAAAAAUAACAUGACUUGGGAAGCAUUUGCAUCUAAAGUCCGUAGUUAUCAGAGAGGCUUCAUGGGUGAGCCAAUGGAAGUGAGACCAGGCAGGGGUGAGUUUCAUGAGAACCCAUCCUCCUGCAUCUGUGAGGACUCCGAGGCUAAGGCAAAGAGAGAUUCAAGACCGAGAAAACUCGGGAAAGGUAAGGACACCCCCACGAAAGAUGAGGAUGUCGUAGUUGAUGAUCAGGAUAUAAACGAAGAUCCAGAAUGGUCUGACCCAGACGAUGAGGACAACAGAGAUGGCCUUCAGGAGAAUAAUUUAUUAAAUGGGACACUGUUGGACUACGAUGCCGUCACUUCUGACGAACCUGAGUUGGAAGAUAUGCUUUCAGACUAGUCACGGCAGUCUUGACCACGUUAAUAUUAUGCAAUGGAACCAGACCGAUAUUUUCACCAAAUUCAGUUUUCUCCUGCUCCCUGGAGAUUUUGCAGCUCUGUUGCCAACCUGCUCUACAAGAUGACCCUGUAUAUUAAGAUUAGUGCUGGGAAUCAGCAUUCAUAGGAAAGAUUUCAUGACAGUCACUAGAAGGCACGAGACUUUCUUACCUGAACAGGAGAGAUGGAAGAUGCUCCGUCCAUUUCCGGGGAAUGCGGCGGAGGAUCCGAAUGUGAGUAGCAAGAAGUGUAGAGGACGUGUCGUGAGUAAGGUGGUUCUACAGGAUUUUAUCUUGACAGAACGUUGUUCCUGGAAUUUUCUUUUCCCCGGAAGUAGGUAUUGCGCACAUUCUUUGUCCGAGAGCGAGAAGGGGAAAGAAGCAGCACAUCGCGUCGUUCUCUCUUUUAACAUUUAUUUCCCUUUCUCUGUUAGUUCA